AUCUCUAUAUUUUUACUCUGAAUUUUUACAUUUACAACAAGCCAGUAUCUCCAUCAUUUCUCAUUGCAUCUUCCUAAUGUCUAACUUCUCAUGCUUACAUGUGCAUUUAUUUACUAUUGAAAGUAAAUGUGUUUAAAAUUGUGCCAUCGAUUAAUGUGAAUCAAGUUGGAUAUUAGCUCUAUCAGUUUCUACUAUCAGUGGAUGUAUUCUCAUGUUCAAUCUUUUCAUUUGAUUAAUGUGUCUGAUUGACUAAAAAUUGAUCUUUUAGCACAACAGGAUGUUUUAUUUCUCCAUUCUAAAGUUAUAAUCUUGUUGAUGUCAUCUUAUGUUACUUAAAUCAAGUUUCUGACGAGAAACCAUCAUCACUCUCAAAAAAGCACAUUAUAACAGGUAAUUUGAUUCAAGGAAAUGAUCUUCGUCCAUCAACACAAGUAGCUGAUCAUUUGUUUUUGCUUUGAUAUUCUGCCUGUUCGCGUUAAUCCUGUGCACCAUAAAGCUUAUAAAACAAUACCAUAGACUGAAAAUUAAUGGUUAUAAAUGCAAAUAGCGUCAAAAUGGUUUUUAAGUUAUGAAACCGAUUUUGCUUUUCAAUACGUUUUCUACGACUAUUGAAUUUUACCCAUUUUUUUUAUAACAAACAUACAAUCUCUGAUCUGCUUGGCGUUUCUUUGCAUCAUUUUCAUGAUCAUUCUAUAGUGAAGUCAUCAAAAGUAAUGUUCAUCGCCCCUUAAUGAAAAAACAUCAUUAAUAUCAACAAAGAGUGAUUAUUUGAUCCACUGUUAUUGUGAGCUGAAUUCUGCUUCCAUCUUUUCCCUGUUUCUUUUAUUGCAUAUUUGUUUAUUUACUUGAUACUAUAUAAUUGUUGCUUUUGAUGUCUUCUUCAACGAGAGUACCUAUUGAUGUGAUCUUUGGAUACACAACACAACCGAAGACCAAUGAAUUAUUGAAAUUUACUCUAACCAACAUCUAUGCACGCAACUUAACUAAACGUAUGUUUUUCAAUCCAGAUCCUUAUUUAAAGAUCUCAAUACAGCCCGGAGAAAAUGAAAGUGUACACGCUUACUCUCAUUACUUGCAAGUUAGUCGAACUGAUAAUGCAGAAGGAACUGUUGAUCCUAAUUGGAAUUGUAGAUAUACAUUCGCUGCUAUUCCUUCAGACGUAAUUUUCUUUGAAGUUAAGGACCGAUUUGCUCGAUCUCGACCAUUAAUCUCACGUUCACUUGGACGAGCUAGUAUUCAAGUUGGACAAUUAUUAGAGAGAUUUUUUUCAGGCUCAGGGGGAAUGCCAUUUGAAUCAACUCUCUGGCUAACUCACAAAACAUCUUCCACAUCUGAUAACAAUAUCAACAUUGGCAGUAUUUCUUUCACUUUUUGUUUGGAACUUGAUAAAGAUCCACGGAUUCAUUCCAUUCGUUCAUUAUAUACUUCAUCAGCCAAUUCUAAUUCCUCCUCCGUUGGGGGACUUUCAAGUGCCUCUUUGCCUUACAUUCCAAGUGGUAAUAUUCCUGCUGGUCAACGAUUAUCUAAAGACUCUUCUUCUCGAAGUAGUCGAUCAGGCAAUGAGUUAGUGCGUAGUGAUGUAAUUCGAAAUGAACUUUCUCAAAUUUCUCGAAAUCGAUCUUCUAGUCUCACUUGUGCCGCUAUUGAUGCUAUACCAACAUCCUCAUCAUUAGCUUCAAAUUCUUCUGUUAAUCGAUCUUCGUUAAAUCCAGCUCAUUUGAUGAACUCGUCAUGUUCUUCAUCUCCGCCAACUUAUUCAUCUAGUCUUCUAGUGUCAACUGGAUUAGGACAACAACAGCUUCAAAACUCAAAUAUCAAUAAAUACCGUGAUACCCCUCCACCCUUGCCUCCAAAACAGAAAUCAACUAAACAAGGCCAAUCUGAGCAUCCCCGUGAUAAUCAAGAAGCUUCACGAAGCCAGGUCCAAUUAGGGUCUUCUGAAAACAACUCUUUUUCCUCAUUAUCUUCUGUAAAUUUUUCACCCCUUACUGACCAGUCAUCAGGAAUAGUACCGCCUAGCAAAACAUCUAUGACAAUUGAUAGUAGCAGCCCACCACCAACGCCUCCUUUAAGGUCUAGGAUUUCACGUGUCGUUAAGCCAAAUCUAAAUGAAAAGCAAAACGACCAUCGUACUGCAAAUAUCCAUCAAGGAAAUCAGAAAUCUCAAGCUAUUACUUUUGAAGCUGACAACAAAAAACAACAAACCCCAUCACAAUCACAAUCACAACCAUCAUCAUCAUCAUCAAAUCAACAGAAGCUGCUUCACCAUCCAUUUCAACAGCAUCAGUCGCCUGAAUCAGCUUCUUGUUCUUUACUUAAACAAGAGAAUUUGUCUGGAGGAGAUUCAGUUGAACAACCUGAACCAGAAAGUAUAAGUUCCUCUUUAAUUCCUGAAUUUUCCUCAAUCGAUAUUAGUUAUCAAGAUGAUGAAGAUAGUGAUGGAAGCUCAUCUACAUUAAGUUGGACAACAGAACAUGCUCUUAAUAGUGCUCAAGUGAAUGAACCGACAUCAAAUCAAUUACAACAAGAAAAUAUUGACGGUAGUGAUAAUGACAUCGAUCAUGGAUAUGGUGAUGAAGAGGACAACAACAAUGAUGACAAUGUGAGUGAAAAUUGCUCAAAUGUUUCUGAAGAUGGUGAAGACGAUGACGAUACUGACGAUGAUGACGAUGACGAAGACAACGACGACGAAGAAGAAGAAGAUGAUGAAGAUGACGUUGAAGAAGAUGACGAAGACGACGAAGAAGAUGAAGACGUUGAGGAAGAUGAAGAAGAUAGCUGUAGUACCAAUGAUGCCGUCCCGUCAAUAGUGGAUAACGAGCAAACCGAAAUGAGCUCUGGUAAUCCAUUUUUAUCUCAAAUUAACGAGACUUCUGAAACUUCUACACGAGCUUCUAAUUUAGACAAACAAAAUACUUCAGACGACCAUGCAUCAACAUCUUCACAUUUUACACCUGCAGUAAAUGACUUAUUGCCCUUACAAUCUACUUUAUCUAGUUUUACUGCUGAUACUCAGCCUUCAUCUUCAUCUUCACCAUUGGUAUUUGCUGUACAAAAUAACUCUGAAUCGUCUACUAAAAAUUCAAGACCACCAAGUACAAUGUCAUCAAAUAUUCGUUCAUCUUCGAAAAAUCCAUCUAAAUCAUUGCACAGACGAACCAUGUCAUCAGCCGGUACUUUUGCCUUACCCAAUAAACGAGAGUUUCGUUCAGGAGCAGCAACCUUAACACGAUUGCCCUCAAUUCCGGAGCGAAACUAUCAAUUCCAAAAGGCUGAGACAGAUGAACCUCUACCUCCUAAUUGGGAAGCAAGGAUAGAUUCUCAUGGAAGAGUUUUCUAUGUUGACCAUGUUAGUAGGACAACAACUUGGAGCCGGCCAAGCUCUGAAGUCCCAAAUAAAGUGCCUCAACUUUCUCGAAAAUGUGAUAUUGCAUCUACAGCUAUGGAAAUAUCUCGCCAACAAUUAGAUAGAAGAUAUCAAAGUAUUAGAAGAACAAUUACUCAUCGAGGGUCUGCAUCUUCAUCUUCAACUCCUGUAUCUUCAUCUGCGAGUGUUCCUCCAACCUCAACUCCAUCCUCCAGCUCAACAGGACCCUCUUACCAUAGCACAACACAUUCUAUCAACAAUUCAUCGACAAACUCUGACUCAUUGACUACUGAAUUACAGCCCGCAACAGUAUCUUCCACAUCGAUAGGAGCUACUGAAACUGACUCACCUAUUCCUUCAUCAUCUUCCUAUGGAACACGACCAGCUAGUACUUCAUCAAUUCAGGUAUCACCAAUCGCACCUUUUGUAUCUGCAGCGGCAAUCUCAGCCCCAAACUCAGAACCGUCUUCAUCUACGGCAUCCUCAGUAUUAAUGUCACCAUCCACUGGACAAGCAUCAUCAUCAUCACCUUCGGAAACCUCAAAUUCUAAUGAUUCCACCCAUAUGUUUCCAGCUCUUAAGUUCCUCAUGCGAUCAGAUUUUUUCAACUUAUUACACCUUAAUGAUGAAGCACUAGCUCAAUACAAUAAAAGUAUUUCCCUUAAACACAUGAUUACCAAAAUUAGGCGUGAUCCAAGUCAUACCGCUUUUCAAAAAUAUCAACACAACAGAGAUCUUGUUUCGCUGAUAAAUAAGUUUGUUGAAAGUGGCCGUGAACUACCACAAGGAUGGGAAAAGAAACUAGACCGAAACAAUAAAUGUUUUUUCAUUGAUCAUACAACUAAAACAACAACAUUUAUUGAUCCCCGGUUACCCACUGAAGUUCCUCCUGUAAAUCCUCACAUAUUAGUCAUAGCACCAAGUCGUCGUCCAAAUCGUGGACCACCACCUCAACAAUUGUUGUACCAUCAUCAGCAGCCACAACCACCAUCCACUUCUUCUGAUGCAAAUACUGCGAAUAAUAACGCUCAUCAAAACAGUCCUGUUCCUCCACCUCGACCAUCUUAUCCAAAUAAUGUCUCAUCUAGCUCAUCAACAGCAUCUAGUGCCACAGCAACUUCUAAUGCUACUCCUGUUCAAGUUCCUGUUGCCUACAAUGAGAAAGUAGUUGCAUUUUUAAGGCAACCCAAUAUCAUGGAAAUCUUAAAGGAACGUAGACCUAAUAUCAAUUCCAUGUCUUCAUUACGUGAUAAAGUGAUUGCAGUUAAAAACGAAGGAACAUCAGCAUUAGAUAGAUAUAGUAACGAUAUUGAGAUGACCAUUUUAUUAAGUCUUUUCGAACAAGAAAUCAUGUCUUAUAUACCAAUUCAGAAUGCAAUCUCAGCAAGAUCUCCACCUUCUUCGAACAAUACUUCAAACCAGCCUUCAACUUCGACUCCAGCCUCAGUUUCCUCUUCAAGUAUUGCUUCAAGCCACUCACACGGAUCUCCUCAAUCAUCAUCUGGACUUUCUAGAGCAUCGGCUGUUCGAAUACCACCUAUUACAGGCUGUUCUCCUUAUAGACGUGAUUUUGAAGCUAAACUGCGCAAUUUUUAUCGUAAACUAGAGCAAAAAGGUUAUGGUCAAGGUCCAAAUAAAUUUAAACUUAAUAUAAGACGAGAUCAUUUGUUAGAAGAUGCUUUUACAAAAAUAAUGUCAGCCAAUUCUAAGAAAGAUUUACAAAAGUCACGUCUCUAUAUUAGUUUUGCUGGUGAAGAAGGUCUUGAUUAUGGAGGACCUUCAAGGGAGUUCUUUUUCCUUCUUUCACGAGAAUUGUUUAAUCCAUAUUAUGGCCUUUUUGAGUAUUCAGCUAAUGACACAUACACCGUUCAAGUUAGUCCCAUGUCAGCUUUUGUUGAUAAUGCACACGAAUGGUUUAGAUUCAGUGGGCGAGUUCUGGGCUUGACUUUGGUUCAUCAAUACCUUUUGGAUGCCUUUUUUACACGUCCAUUUUAUAAGGCCCUUCUUCGCUUGCCUUGUUCGUUAUCUGAUCUCGAAUAUCUGGAUGCCGAAUUUCAUCAAUCAUUAAGAUGGCUGAAAGAAAAUGACAUAAGUGAUUUGGAAUUAGAUUUAACCUUUUCAGUUAUCGAAGAGGUCGCUGGACAGGUUGUUGAAAAAGAUCUUAAGCCGAGUGGAAAAAAGAUUUCUGUUAAUGAAAAAAAUAAAAAAGAAUACAUUGAUAGAAUGGUUAAAUGGAGACUUGAUCGUGGCGUUUCAGAACAAACUGAAUCUUUGGUUAAAGGUUUUUACGAAGUCAUUGAUGCCAGACUUGUUUCAGUUUUUGAUGCAAGGGAACUUGAGUUGGUUAUAGCUGGGACUGCUGAAAUUGAUGUUUCUGACUGGCGAAAAAAUACAGAGUACCGCUCUGGUUAUCAUGAUCAACAUCCUGUUAUUCAAUGGUUUUGGAAAGCAAUUGAGAAAAAAUUUGAUAAUGAGAGACGACUUAGACUUUUACAAUUUGUUACUGGAACAUCAAGUAUACCUUACGAUGGCUUCGCUGCCCUUAGAGGAAGCAAUGGACCAAGAAAGUUCUGUAUUGAAAAAUGGGGAUUGCCAACAAGUUUACCCAGAGCUCACACUUGUUUUAAUAGAUUGGAUCUACCGCCUUAUACUUCAUUUGAGAUGCUUUAUGAUAAAUUAUUACUUGCAGUUGAAGAAUCUUCUACUUUUGGUAUCGAAUGAAAAUGUGCAACUUACUUUCAUCAUCACAAUUAAUAAAAGAAAUACUUUUUCAACAAAAAAACUUGGAAUAUUUCAUGCAUUCACUUAAGAUUAAAAAUCUAGCAACUCCUCUACGGGCCACCUGAAGCUGCUUAAUUCUCAAAUUAUUCACUCUUUCAGCGUUUCGCAUUAUUCAAUCUAAAAUCAACGAGAGCGAUUUAUGGACUGAGAAAAGUUUAAGUUUACAAUUAGCGUUACAUAUCAACGAAGUCAAAUCAUCCUGUUGAGCAUUGAGACAAUAAUACGAUAAGACAAGCGUGUUCAAGGUUAUUUCAUCACCCAUUGUGAUAGAAGAUGAAACGAAAAGAUGAGAA